AUGGGGAGAGUAUACUUAGCUAGACUUGAUGAUGUUUUAAAUUGGGGGCGCAAAAGUUCCUGGCCAAUGACGUUUGGUUUGGCAUGCUGCGCUGUAGAGAUGAUGCAUAUGGCUGCACCACGAUAUGAUAUGGACAGGUUUCGUGCAUCACCUCGUCAAGCUGAUGUUAUGAUUGUUGCUGGAACACUUACAAAUAAAAUGGCUCCAGCGCUUCGAAAAGUUUAUGAUCAAAUGCCUGAACCACGUUGGGUAAUCUAUAUGGGUAGUUGUGCUAAUGGAGGAGGUUAUUACCAUUAUUCAUAUUCUGUAGUCAGGGGUUGUGAUAGAAUAGUACCAGUCAUUGAAUGGCUGUAUUUCAUGACAUUGUCAACAAUGAUAGCACCAAAUAUCUAA